AUGUCCGGCCUCUCCUCCUUCGUGAAGACCUUCCUGCUCCCCCUCGUCGUCGCCGCCCUCCUCUACCUCUUCGUCUCCUUCGUGCUCAUCCCCCUGCACCGCCGCUACGUCCGCAAAUACCAGCACUACCUCCCUCUGCACGGCGCCUCGGCCGACACCGCCCUCUCCAGCCUCUCCGCCCACGCCUCGCCGAGCUGGAUCCGCGCUCGCUUCUCCGGCCUCUACUCUGCGCUUUCCGCCCGCCUGCCCUUCGCCCUGCCGUUCGCGGCCGCCCCGCGCACCGCCUCGGCCGCCGGGCUGGGGGCGUAUGACGAUGACGAGGACGACUUUGACAUCGAAGAUGAUGAGGGCGAGGGAAUGGUCGGGUUUGAGCCGAUGGAACGCGAGCGGCGGCGCGAGGCGCUGGAGAGGCAGAGGGGCAUCGACCAUGCGGGCAGGAGUGAGCGCAGGUUGAGCAGGGAGCUGGAGGAGGGCUUCAGAGACAGCAGUAGUAGCGAGAGCGACGACGAUGGUGCUGAUGGGCGAGGUUUGGGAGCUAUGAUACACCGGUGA